AGCCGCCCUCUUGGAAUCAAAUCCACUCGAAUGCUCUUGGUUUGUUCCCAUUUGCCCUUGGUAUAUUGAACUUCCAUUUCUUGCCCUUGUGGUAGAUGGACAAUUUCGUAUCCAUCCGUGUAUGAGUGAUUUGGCGGCACGGGUGGAUUCUCGAUCUGAACUAUCAGAGGCUUCUGAUCACGGUGGACAUUCACAACCUUGGCGGACAUUGCAUAAGUACCAGCUGCUACAAUAGAAUGAGGUAAUAUGUACUCGACUUGUCCGUCGUGUUCCAAGUGAAGCUGAUUUCCACCUAAAAAGCUUUUUGUGACCAUCACAUUUUUGGGUGGCCUUUUUGGAUCAACAAAAGAAGUAGCGGGAAUUAUAAUGGUACCAUCGGGUUGGAUUAGGUGAUCAUUUCCUUUCAGCGAGCGAUCUGGGUUGGUGUCUUUGUUGGAAGAGUCAUAACUACUCUUCUGUUCUUUUAUCGUUUUCUGAUGCUGAAUUUUGGAGGCACGUGGAAAGCCAAACUCGUUGCAAACACUACCAUUCAAUUCAAAUUUAUCACCAUUCGUAUCGCCAGUGCCAAGGCUUUUCACAGACGUCGAGCAGAAGGAACGCGACAUCAUCUUUCGUUGAGAUAAGGCCAGAGAACGCCAAACCUUUGCAGAUACAAAAUCUUCUUCGACGGUUUCUCCCAAACUUUCGGCAAGGCAUUCCAGCAAGAUAACCUUUUCGUAGUAGAUGCGUGGACGAUCGGCCGACGUCCUCGCUUGUGUCUCUUCGAGGAAAUCGGGGCCACGGCGUGUAUUCGCACCGUAUCGGUUGUCAUCCCACCAGGAAUAUUGCCACGGGGCACCAAGGCAGACCGUCCAGCCUCCGAUGCUGCGAUCAUUUGUCCAACGAGUCAUUGCUGCAUGUCCCGGCUGUCGCACUCCCCAGGUCGGAAUGCCCCACGCCUUGCUAAUAAAUCUACCGAACCAUGCACGGGCGCCGCAUUCUCCACCCGCGCUCAGCAAUGCUGGAUAGUCGCGAAACUCGUGAUCUGGAUGCCGGUAUCCAACAUCAGAUCUGACGGACAUGACAUAGCGCCACCGUUGGUCUUCCAUAAAGAUUUGAUCGGGGCGAUAAUUCCUCAAGAAUGAUCUUCCCCAGGUCAGAUCAUCGUUGCUGGCAUUCGCAUCCACAACUUUUCUCAAUUCCCAAACAGAGAGCGUGAAAAAUGCGUCGUCCAGCGUAUCGAUAAAUGUGAUCUUGCAGCUUUCGAGAUCAUUUUUGUCUCCAUUCUUGUUGUCGGCAAACUUUGCGAAGUAACGGAAGCGCUCUACGGGGUCCACAAAUUCGUUUUCUUGCUGGAAAAUAGGGAUGGGCGUCGAAAGCUCGAGGGCAACUGCUAGAGCUAAGCGUUGCUUAAGAGAAAAUGGUUCUGUUGAGGUCAUCGAUGCUGUGCCACCAUCAACACCGUUUUCAUUUUGCAAUUUAUCAUAAAUGUUCAAAGCUGGUCCGUAAUUGCCGUUCGAGGGCCCGCCCGACGCGAGGAAAAGCUCCAUAAGUGUCGUGGAAUUGUUUUCUCGGCCUAGAAAUUGGUCCAACAAUUUUGGAUUGGCACCGGGGGAUUCGGCACACCAGGUUGCCAGCUUUUUCGGCGUCGCUUGUAUCAACACAGUGCACUCCAGCAAAUCGUGUUCAAUCUGCGAAAGGCCACCAUCCAACAAACCACUUGCCCUUACAAGGGCAGAACCAGUGUUGGUCCCCGCCUCUUCCAGACGAUCGAUAACGGCUUGUGCGUCUUUCACAGCUUUUGCAGAUGGAUCUACCACAGAAGCAUCCUUCCAGCUAUCGUCGUCGGGGUGCUUGAUUUGUUCGUUCUGGAGGGCCGUUACUAUGGUCUUCGAAGUCUCCAGUGUCUGCUUCGCUGCUUCCAACGAUAGAAUGACGGAAGAAAAGAUGGAAUCUGAGUCGAGCUCUUCCUUGCUUGGUAUAACCUGCUGGAUUUUGCUUCGAAGACUUGCGAUUCGAUCCUCAAAGUAGGCUUCGGAAUAUUUCUCUGGUUUCGGUACGAAUUGAGGGAGAUAAACAGCGGCCAUCUGUGGUUCAUCGGAUGAAGUAUCCACCAUUUUCAAAGAAGCGAAGAUAUUCUUCGAUUGGAAAGUUUCAGACGCAUUUAUGGUUGUUUCUGCCAGAGUUUUAGCAGGUGCUGAAUCUUUUUGUUGUGUACGAAAGAACAUGAAUCGACUGUAUGCUUGAUAGACUUCGGUAUCGAAAUAAAAUGUCAAUUUCGUUCGACUCUUCCGCCAUUCUUCAGUAGAAAAAACGAGAUAACAAAGGCCGAACAUCAACCAUCGAAGUCGACAGGGUUCGCAACAUUCUUUCUGCGAAUGUAUCCAUUCCAAGUGUCAUACGUAGUCGAGCGAGUCGUUUUAUCAUUCUUGGUCGUGCCGACUUGUCUUCACUUUUGACCUUGAAACUCGAAAAGGAAUCGUCGUACGGUACGUCGUACUAGCUGUAAGAAGAAGGUACCGGUACGUACGCUUCGUACGUUACCUCCGGCCUCGUACUCGUGCUCGUAAACUGAAGAUCCAAAUUCAAAUUUUUGAAAUUUGAUUUUGAACUGCCAACAGAAAAUAACAAGGCAUCAAUCAACUUAGAAAGAUGCGAAAGCUUCGAACCCCGAAGUGAAUUCCCGGAAGUCGCAAAAGAAUGGUGGAGGGCCCGGGGGCAACCCGAAAUGGUUGCAAAGUGCAGCCGGUUGUUGGAUUAGUGCUUCGGGAUUUCACAAUCCAAAAACCUUGCGGCAAGAGUGAUGAGGACAAGAAAAAAGUCGAACUGGAAGGUAGGCGUCUAGAAUCUGCGUUUUCUGUGGGGAAGGAAGUCUUCCUUCUUCUUGGGCCAGUGUGUUUUAAUGAAAAAAACGGAAACACAGUAGAGGAACAAGAACAACGACGAUCGGAGUUCGAUACAAAACCAAUCGCAAUCCGGCUUCACUUCGGAAUGAAUGGUGUCCUCACCGUGCGAAAGCUUGGCGGACCUUCCAGAUUGUCCCCCUGGAGGCGAAACGACAAGAGCCUUCCAAAAUGUACGAUCAAGUUUUCUAAAAGCGAUUCGGUCGAUGGCAAGAAAUCCAAUCGUUCCAUUUCCGAUACGAAUGAAACGGUCGUUAUCGAAACGGUGUCGUCUACAUGUACAGUCGUCUCUUCGGUUGUGGCACGGUCUAAAUUAAAUCGGCUGCAAAGGAAAGAUGUGUGCGCGGAUGCCACCACCUUCGAGCCAGAAUUGGUACUUGAAGAUAUAUUCGAAAAGAGGUCGACGGCUAUGGUUUGCGAUGCCAUCUUGGAUCAGGAACGAUUUCCUGGCGUUGGGAAUAUUAUCAAGAUCGAGGGUCUUCACAAAGCUGGUGUUCAUCCCAGGAGACUAGUCGAAACACUGUCACGAGAGGAACUGAAACGGACUAUUUUGGAAUGCCGUGCCUAUGCCAUGGGAUGGCUUUCCACCGGGAGGGCGCCUGCAAAGCAGGUGUACAAUCGAACGAAAUGUGGAUCGUGCAACGUGGGGCGUGUGAGGAUGGUGAAAAUGGGCAAAGACCUGAGUCGUGUCACAUUUUGGUGCGAGAAAUGUCAGCCUUUUGCUGGCAUGGAUGUAGCCAAACCGAGGACUCGUGUUUUACAAAACAAAACCUCAAUUAAUGUAACGGUUCCAGAAGUGCACGCGCCGCCAGUCCUUACAAGCUGCUGCCCACAGCAUGGAUCCAAAACAGUUGUUUUGCGUCGCGUGAGAAAGGCCGCGUCUCCGAAUAUCAAUCGAUUGUUUCGAACGUGCAAAGUCCAAGGGUGUCCGUAUUUCUCCUGGGCCGAUUCUCACCUCCCAUUGUGCGGCUGUCAUAUCAAAACCAUACUCCGUGUCAGCAAGACGGAACGAACGGGGGGUCGUUGGUUCCUUUCUUGUGCAGCUGCCAGCUCAAGAUCUCACAAAAGUCAAAAAUCCAAUGGCUGUGCAUUCUUUCAGUGGGUCACUCCUGGCCAGAUGGCACCGUUGCAAGGCUUGUCCCCCUUAAGUUGAUAUCACCAAAUUAAUUUCAAGAGCGACUCCAUGUUCUUCUCCGCAACGAUAAGGCAGGAGCUUCGGAGACGCCUUUAUUUUUCUCCACCUGAUUCAGAUACGAAAAGGAAAGAGAAUUCAACCAUCAGAGAAAACCAAAAAUGCAGAAAAUGGUAGUCUCCAGAAACUCUCUAAGAUCACGUGAAGAGUUCUUUCCUUUUUCACUUCCUCAGCAGAGCCCAGUCAGGAAAGAAGGAGGAAUAUCGAAAAAGAAGUAGAACACUUUGUACUUUUCAGAGUGCUCCAAAACCGAAUACAAUUUGUGAUUAUUG